CGUAGCUCCAAUCUUAACUAACCCAAUUCCAGCGAAAGAAGAGGCCUAAGCUGGGGGUACCUAGGUAGUUGCUGCUUGUGUUUUUUUUUCCAUUCCCUUCUCAGGUACCCAGUCAAGGUCAACUUGGACCCAAUCAAUCAUUACCAAACAUCAACGGCCUCGUCAUUCUUUCGCGAGUGAAUGCCUUCACCAUCUAAAUUUUGUUCCUUUUUCACCUUCUCACCUCUCACCUUUACUUCACCAUUUUAUCCGCCUCCCACGUCCACGUCCACCUCCUCGACUUUUUCCAUCUCCUCACAAUGAGCAGAUAUUUUUCGCAUCAAUCGACGCAUCGAUAAUAACGAUUCCGUCUCGUCCAUAAAUAUUUUCGAUUGCAUUGUUGUUUUGACCUCAACUAUCCCCUAAAAAUCUAAGGCCUCAUAUUGAAAAUCCUUGCAUCAUGUUUUCGGCUACCCUCAACAACGGCGCCGAAAACGCGGCUCCGACUCCUAUGACUACGCGCGGUAGAAGGCGUCAACGGCCGGUGAGCUCGGAUAAUUCAGUGCAACAACCGAAAGCGAAACGGCAGAGGGUACCAUUGAACGAACAGACCUUCGUAAACCCGAAUAACACUCCAGAUACCUACGAGGUCAAGUCAACAAGACCUUCGAUGAUCGAGUCGAAGCAGGAUGGAAUUGAAGAAUCACCUGCAUCUAAACAAGAACUUAGCUUUCGGUCUAAGAAGGCGAGACCUGCUGAUCGCUUUAGCAAAGGGGAUGGCAGCACGCUUCUGUCGACCAAUAUCGCGUUCGACGUUAGGAAACUUCCCGCUUUACCUGACCGACUGAAACAAGAUGCCACCCUUCGCCAGCAUGGCUCCUCCGACAGCUUUACAGGAUAUGCUUUGAGUCUCUCCCACACACACGCUAUUGUAUGGUUGUACGCGACACCCACACAGUCUCCUGAAUCUUUUACCUUCACCUUGCCGUCUCCCUCGAAACAUUCCACCGAUCCCUUACCUCAAGGUGCUCUUGUGCCCCCAUCCGCGUCCUCUACCGAGCCAGGUUUAGUAGUAGUGAUGCCUACAAGCGGGAAGGUUACUUAUUGGGAAUCGAUAUCGAGCGCGACGACGUGGGACUUUAUGCGACAACAGAAAAGUGGUAUUGAAGGCACUGUUAUGGGAAUGUUCUCUGGGGAAGUUAUCAUCCAAAUAAUCCAUGCCGAAUCUGCAGCUGGCUUCGUUCUUGCCUUUAGCAGUGGACGAAUGGCGUAUUUGAGUGUACGAGAUGCCCAUGGCCGCCCUAAGGUAUCGACGCAGUUCUUACGCACCAAUCUCGGCCCCGCUAGUAGUGGGUUCUUUGGUAGUAUUCGACACGCGUUGUCACAUAAUGCGGUGCAGGGCGAUAUUGCUGCCGUUCGAUCAGAACGAUCCAAACAAGGCGAGUGUACUGUUGUAGCCGUUACAUCUAAGGGUCGGCUUCAUUCGUGGAGGGUACAUCGUGGGGGUCAUCACGAUCUCCUAGCCGAGGUGGAUGCUCGCAGCGCAAUCAUCGGAGCCCUCCAGCAGGUAGAUAAAACUAACUCUAGGUUACCCUCCGAGUCGCUAAAGAUACUUGACUUCUGUUUUGUCCCUAGGGUUGUGGAUCGAAAGUACAGCGAUAUGAACCAACUCCUCCAGUCGCCAAAAUCCGAAGAUCAACAACACCUCCUGCUUCUUGCCUCCUUAUCCAACAAACAAUCUUGGCGCUAUUCGCUUGUUGAGGUCAAGUUAUCUAACGCGGGUUCAUCAGAGGACCCUCUUGAAAUUGGCAUGGUUCGACCUAUAUCUGCGUAUUCCACGCAACCUGAUCCACACGCCCUGGUUAAACCUCGAUUGUACCUACCACGACCGAACAUAAUCGCUUUUCUCGUCUUCGAUCACGCAGCUGUUGUGGCAUCUAUUGCGCAACCACCCGAUUCCCCGGAUUCCCAGAUCCUCGAGGACAACCACCUUCUGCCUGCUUCAUUCGAGGAUGUCGUCGACCUGCGUGCAGACCCUACACUUGAAAUAGUUGGUUCUGGGAUCGAAGAACCCGUGACGCAGGUUUUCGGAGCUAGCGAGGGCAAAGCACCUCGCAUUCGACCCAAGAAUCCUGCUGCUAUACUACUGGUUCGAGGCGCCGGAACCUUGCGCAUUGCUACAACAGACGUGGAACGAUUCGCAAGUGAGAAGCCUCCAGAGGUUACGGCUAAAGCAAAACUUGAUCAGGCUGUAUUCUUUGGAGUCAAGGAAGACAAUCCGCUCGUCUUUGAUGUUCAACAUGGCCUCCGUUUCACUGAUGCGGAAUAUGGUAUCGCCGCCUUGGAGUUGAGUAAAGAGAUUCUCACCUCCACUGGCAAGCACUUCUCAUCUCUAGCCGCACGGGUCGAUACUAACAUCAAGGAGCGUGUGCAAUAUUUGGAAAAGAUCAUGACACAAUUGGCGAGCUUAGGAGUGAACCUCGACCGUGUCAUAAAGUGGCAGCUACUCUGGAAUGCGGAGAAGCUACACGUUGCUAAUGUCAUCUGGCAUAAGCACGAGGAAUUCACGAACCUUCGGCCUACCGCUUCCAAAAAGAGCAUUGUUGCUGAGAUUGUUGAGUACAUUCGAUCCGAGGAAAAGUCCGAACCAAACGCUGCGAAGGGUGAAGUCGACGAGUUGCGCCACUGGUUCAUUCGCGAUGUUGAUCGCAUGGAAAUAUUUAUCGCCUGGGCCUACGAAGUUAUAAAACACAAUUCCAGGGCCAACUUAGAUCAAUCAUCUCUAACAUGCUUGAUAUACGAGGCCGCAGAAAUUUACAACAGCGCGAUACGAGAUGCUUUCACGUUUCGCACUAGAAAUCUCGAGCUCUAUGGUUUGGCUGAUGAAAAGCUGGAACACGGAAUCUUAGCCAACGAUUAUACUGGGUUGCCGACACCCUGGACUUGCCACCCUUUUAUUGCUAACAACGUGAAGAGGCAAGUCGAGUUAUCCACUGAAUGGGUUAAACAACAUUGGUCAGCAGAGUCCGAUGGGCAAAACGUGUUAAUUCAAAGAACACGUGAGCUAUUGCCACAAAUGACCGAGAUUUACCUCACUAUAGUACAGGAGUUAUCUCGAUCAUACCUUGCCAGUGACGAUCCCAAAAGGGCUGCGGAUGGCCAGAAGUAUGAGAGUAUCUACGAGCAAGAUCGCCAUGACAAGGUUAUCCUUCUUGCGCAAACGGAAAAUUGGGAAGCCGGAAUCAACAUUGCUGAGAGCCACGAGUCGCUCCCAGCCCUUGCAGAGAUCUUAACUCGCGAAAUUGACGGAAUACGGAACCAGCUUGAUACAUCUGGUCUUUCUCCGGAGAAGGCCGGGGAAUUGGACGCAAAGAUGACCGCGAAAGAGGAGCAGGUUCGGGAGUAUUUCGGGACGUACGGCAAGGAUUUCGCCUUUCCUUUCUAUGAAUACUUGUUCACCACGUUUGGAGUUGAUGCUCUUCUCGAAUACGAAGGUGAUAAGAAAUUCAAGACUAUGUAUCUUCGAACGAAGCCGGAACUAGCUAAGGUUUCAUGGAUCAACGACAUUAUCGGCGAAGAAGACAUCGAUCAUGCUGCUGAUACCCUGCUUGAUCUCGGCCUUGCACGUGAGCAGCAGGUUUGGAACAAGAAGAUUGAAUUGAGCCUUGGAAAGCUGGCCAGGAUGGCUGAAUCAUCCCGGCCUUCUAGCAAAGCGUCUACAAGUGUGCAGAGCGCGAGCGCCAGCGGAAUCGUUGAAGAUCCGCAAGUUGAAGUUAUUGACAAGGAACUUGCGAUUAUCGGAAUCCAGGAUGAUCUUUACAAUACCCAAAUUCGUCCGGUGGUCAGCGUGGCGCUAGAAGGGGAGGAGUUGAGCCUCGUUCAAGAGACGUUUGCGCUCAAGAUUCCUAAGAAGUAUAAGAUACUUUCGCAGGUGUUCGACGAUGCUCUUCGACGACUCUUAAACCACGAAGCUCUGGACCCACUGACUCUCAUCGACCUCCUCACAUUAAUAACUCUACCGUCAGAAACCAGAGAACAUAUGCCCGACCAAUUCUUCUCCGCUACUCGCGUGGCUUAUAACGGUCUAAGCGGAGCCGAACGGGUACAAGUCGAACGACUCAUCUGGCGAAGGUGUUUCCUAAGGGAAGAUUGGGCACAGCUCAAUAAUACGACCCUGAAAAAUGACAACGAUAUUGUGGAGGUCCUUGGUCAAACCGAUUUAUUUCAAUUUUACUGCACGCUAUACGCAAAUCAGCAAAGUGGCGCCGACCCGAACAAGUAUAAGCGAUUGUCGCCAUCGGAGGCUGCAGGCGUGUAUACGGAAACCUUGGACCGACGGUUCGAGAAGAUGGAAAAAGCUUACCGCGAAAAAGUACUGGAGGCAAUGAGGUGGGAGGAUUCUAACCUGCUCAAGCAUAUCGAGAAGCAUCGAUUAGAACAAUGGGCAAAGGAGACUCGAAAGUACGCGGAAGAGGCUGUCACCCAACAAUUUGAUGAGACGACGGCAGCGGGAGCGGCACUCAGCCCGCCUAGAGCCGGGUUGGCUAGGAAACGAUCUAAGGCGUUUGAGGACACGAAUGGACAAAACGGUACACACUAGAUAACAUUGGCAUCGAAACUGUGGGAACUCCCCUAGGAAAGUAAUUCAUUGGAGUGGGUGGAGUUGGUCUUUUUAAGAUUCAUUUCCUGUACCAUAUUGCAUUUACGUGUUGCGUGUUUGCGUUUAUAUAAUCGCCGUGAGGCAUGGGCAAACGGAAAAGUUGACGUGAAUCAGGGGAGUGGCAUUUUUUUCUAGGGAGGAAUUUCCCGAAUACAAACUGGUAACUGGAACAUGAUACCGAGGCUAUACAUAGCCAGCACAAGCAAGAUAGCUUCGCAUACGUAGCUUUUGCUCAAGAUGACUUAUCUUUUCUUUGUA